AGCAAACAUCCACCAGUCUCCCCUCUCCGUACCUCUCAAACCCAGCACAUCCUACCCACCCACCAUGCUCCCUCCCGUGCUUUCUAACAUUCUGCUCUCCAUUGGCACAGCAACCCUCCUCUUCAUCGCCUACAACCUCCACCGCUUCAUAACCCUGCACUUCCUCCCCUCACGAUCCCCACUCGCAGCAUAUAAACCCAAAGACCACACCACCACCAGCUGGGCCCUCAUAACCGGCUCCAGCGCCGGCAUCGGCUACGGCCUCGCCAACAAACUACUCUCCCUCGACUUCGGCGUGAUAAUCCUGGCGCACGAGGGCGUCUCCGAAGCCGUCUCCCGCCUGCACGCAGCGCACCCCAACGCCAGCGCACGCAUAAAAAGCUUCACUUUGAACUGCAUGACCGCCCCGCUGCCAGAGAUAGAAGCCCUAGUCGCGAGCCUAGAACCGCUCCCCAUCACCCUGCUCAUCAACAACGUCGGCAGCGUCCCGCUGCCUCCCCCGGUGUUCCGGCACUUCCGCGCCUUCGCAGCCGCCGACAUCGACAACACGAUAAACCUCAACCUGCGCUUCGCCACGCACUUCACGCGCCUCAUGAUCCCGCAUCUCACGCGGACCGCGUCCAGCAACGCCUGCCGCGCGCUCGUGCUGAACCUCAGCUCCGGCGCCCGCACCGGCAUGCCGUACCUCAGCAUCUACAGCGCGACGAAGGCGUUCAACCACAGCUUCUCGAGCGCGCUGACGCGCGAGUUCCGCCACUUCGACUACCCGAUCGACUGCCUGUGCAUUGUGCCGGGGGACGUGCGGACCGAGGGGAACAGGCUGGGGAUGCAGGGGAAUGCGCCGCUCGCCAAGGACUUCGCGCGGAUGGUGGUGGAGAGGGUGGAUGAGGCGGUGCGGCAGGGACGCGUGGAGAUGAGUCCGUAUUGGAGGCAUGCGGUGCAGAUCAAGAUGCUGGGGGUGUUGCCCGAGGGGCUGACGAGGGGCGAGAUGGCGAAGGUUAUUGAGACGAAGAUUGAGGCUUUCGGGAAGGAGCAAUGAUGUGGUUUGGGGGAUUACUUAGCGGGGGGGAUAGUUAUGGGGUGAUGCAGUAGGGCUGGCCAUGUGCCUUUUGAUAGAGAGAAGUGCUUUGGGUUGCGAUGCCCGAUGGGUGGACGAUAGAGCGCGACAUGCUGUCAAGAGCUGCGUGUGCGAAUUGGAGCUUUCGAAAGCCCUGCGGCCCUGAAGGAAGGAUAGAGACAGAUAAACAUGCACAACAACGAAAGGAAUGAAAGGUCAAAGCUAGCACAAUUCCAUUAGCAAAAAAAGACCAGAAAAUGAUU